AUGGCUGAGCUUAGGGGCUACUUGGCCACCUGGACCCCGGAGGCGGCCUCAGAACACCCUGAAGCAGUGCGGCAGCUGCAUCGGGAGUUCCUCAGAGCAGGAGCAGACAUCCUCCAAACGUUUACCUUCUACGCCAGUGAUGACAAACUGGAGAACAGGGGCAAUGUGCAGAGUUUCACUGGAAAGCAGAUCAAUGAGGCGGCGUGUGAUCUGGCCAGGGAGGUGGCGGACGAGGGCGACGCCCUGGUGGCUGGUGGCGUCUCGCAGACUCCAUCUUACCUCAGCUGCAAGAGUGAGGCUGAAGUAAAGGCCAUCUUCAUGAAGCAGAUCGAGGUCUAUGUCCAGAGGAAGGUGGACUUUCUCAUCGCAGAGUACUUUGAGCAUGUGGAGGAGGCUGAGUGGGCCGUCCAGGUCCUGAAGACCACAGGGAAGCCUGUGGCCGUGACGCUGUGUAUCGGACCGGAAGGUGACCUGAAUGGGGUCAGCCCUGGAGUCUGUGCAGUCAGACUGGUGCAAGCAGGAGCUGACAUAGUGGGGGUCAACUGCCACUUUGACCCGGUGACCGCUGUGAAGACGGUGAAGAUGAUGAUGGAGGGGGUGGGGAAGGCUGGGCUGAAGGCUCACUACAUGGUCCAGCCCCUGGCCUACCACACCCCCGACUGCAAUUGCCAGGGCUUCAUCGACCUCCCUGAGUUUCCCUUCGCCCUGGAGCCCAGGGUGCUGACCCGGUGGGACAUGCAGAAGUACGCCCGGGACGCCUACGACUCCGGCAUCCGCUACAUCGGAGGCUGCUGUGGCUUCCAGCCCUACCACACGCGGGCCCUGGCAGAGGAGUUGGCGGCAGAGCGGGGGUUCUUACCGGCUGCCUCAGAAAAGCACGGCUCCUGGGGCAGUGGCCUGGAGAUGCACACCAAGCCCUGGGUCCGAGCCAGGGCUCGGCGAGACUACUGGGAGAAGCUCCCGCCGGCGUCCGGCCGCCCCCACUGCGCCUCCAUGUCCACUCCCGCCGGAUGGGGCGUCACCAAGGGCCACGCCCAGUUCAUGCAGAAGAAGGAGUCCACCACUCAGGACGAGCUGAAGGUCCUGUUUGGGAAGUCGGUGACCAAUCAGUGAGCAGUCUGUCUCAGGGAGUGGGGGGAGACAGCGCCUCUGGGGUGUCUCUUUAGAUCUGCCUGUUUUAGCGUGCUUUGUGCUAAGGUUUACAUGGGCUUUAUACUGCUUCACCAAGAAAUGUUUUUCAUGACAUACGACCACUACCUGUGUUCGGAGCAACAGUUCAGCAUGCAUCUGUGAACGAUGGCCUAAUCAAUAAAGAUUUUCAAAAAUA